CUUUUUCCAUGACUUUGACAGAAUAACAAAUUUCACAUCCCUUCCGAUAUUUAAAGUUUUUAUUUAAUUUUUCUAAUUGAAUUAUCAAGAAAAAUAUUACAGUGAUAAGGCGUAUUGUGCUCUGCGUCUUUUACUCUUUAUAAGUAUCUUUUAGGUAAUCUUACAAGCAAGCAAAAAUCUCGUGAACAAUACUUAUAGUUUACUUAUACUAGUUCCGAUCGUCGGCUCUAAAUCUGAAACUUUGUAGAGCCCUAUUAGCACAUUGAUUAUAACAUGCGAGUACUACUAUCAUGUUCUAACAUAAAAGUUGCGUCCGCUAUACUCAAUUGUAUUUUGGCGCGCCAGUUAUGUUUCGAAGACCCGUCUUGUUCGGCGAUCUUAGAAAUAAUACCCCGAGUAUGUGGGCCCAUACCAGUGUCAUGCAGUACAGUUACUGUGACGAAAUGUCAAGCCGCCUUAAGGACACUGCAAGCCUUUCAAUUCUUUCGUCCAACCUGCCUUUGCAAAGAACCCGGCAUGGAUCCGGAUUGUAAUCAUUUUCGUGAUUUUCUCUUCGAUCAUCCAUGUGGUUUCGUGCUCAAAAAAGCCGAAAAAGAUCCAUAUCCCAUAGAUGCAUUGCCGACGUGCAAUCACGCACUGUCUGUAUGUCAGCAGGAGCGCAAAUGCCUCAAGCUUUUCGAGGAUUUCAAGGCACACUGUAAAGUGCGAGACAAUAAGUGCAAAAUGGAGAGCAGAGAUGCUUGUCACGACUCGUGGACAAAUUUACGCCUCUCGCCCAUGUUCGGCUGUAUCUGUCCGAAUAAUCAUAUGAAAAAACGCUGUGAUCGUAUAUUUAAUAUAGUUAAUCACAAUCCGUGUGUGGAUAGAUUAAUAUUCUUCCCGGAUGGCGCCAUACCGAAAUUCAAGCAAAAACAAAAGCAACACCACAAUGGCACAUCAUCAUCUUCAGCGUCGUCGUCGUCAUCGUCGUCGAACUCAUUGAUAGCCGCCAAUGGCACCGGUCAACAACAGCUCUCGAACAACAUUGCCACCGACGACGAAGAGGAGGACGACUACGACGACCGUAUACGCGCUGAAAUCUAUUCAAAUUAUCCGCAUUACCUGCACCCGCCCUCUUGGGGACUCAACAAUCCGUUAGUGUUGGCCUCGCAUUCGCCCCACACCUACGACGACGAAGAUGAAUCGUUGCUCGAGGUGGGUGAUGAUGUGGCGGCGCGUGGCCGUCAAAAGACCGAGCAAAAGCAACAGUGGCAGCGCCAACAAAUGGCGUCGAAAGCUGAAAAGGAUGGACGCAGCAAUGCGGGCGUCGGCGAUGGCGCUGAUGGUGAUGAUGUUGAGGUUUCGGUGGACACCACUAACACUGGUCGGCACUACGCUGGUGUUGGUGGUGGUGUUGGUUUUGGUUUCGGUGCGUCCGGCGCGCUUGAUGAGUCCAUAACGGAGCUUAGCGGCGGCAGCAGCAGCGGCAGCAACAUAAUCACCAUUAGUAAUAGCAACCAUGGCAUGCACCAAAUGCACGAGUAUUUUGAUGGUUUCACUUAUACCACAUCACCCGCCACGGUUUCGGUACCAGAGUCUGCACUUCCGGCACCACCGACACAUCUGCACCAUAACAAAAAGCACCAAAAAACUGCAAUUUCAAGCACAAAUUCGCACAAAAGUAUACAUCUUAGCGACGAAAUAACCACCAGCAGAGAUAAAUUAUCCCACCGUUUGCGCACCUAUAAAGGUGAUAGCAUCGAUGAAAGAGUCAGAAUAAUGGGCAUGGACGAUAAAUUGCAUCUGAAAAUGUUCGAAGAUAAUUUGGCGCUCAUUGAUACGCCGCUCAUAGCAUCAGCGACGAGCACCCACUACCCGGGCACGGUAUCCACCUCACUGCACACGCUGCACGGCAUACUCUUGUACCCGUUCAAUGUAAGCGAUUUCCAGCCGCGUCACACAGCGCCCGCCGGGCACGAGUCCAGCGCACUGGAUGUCAUCGACACCGGCAACUCGUACGGCUACGAACCGGGCAAUGGACACAGCAGCGGCGGAGGCCAUGGCCACAGUCAUAGCGGUGGCGGCGUUUACUACCAAAGUGGUCAGGAUGUCGAAGUGGACCUCUCAACGGAAAUAAUCAAGCAACACUUUCAGAGUACCUGCCACACAGCAUUGGACACUUGCCGGGAGGAUGCGUCAUGCUCGUCGUCCCUGCAGCCAAUGUUGAUGCAUUGUGAAAUGCACCGUUGCAAUCGCAAUGCAUGCAUGACAUCACUGCAAGCCUUCUACAAAGGUCCGCACGAGGAUUUGAAUUUGGACAUUGCCUUCUGCCUCUGCAAAAAAACAACGAAUCGUCACGACAUGUGCAUGAUUGCACAGGAAAAGCUCCAUCCAACGUGCGCACAAAGGCCGGCCGAUAACAGUAAUCAGCAGGGUUCAAAUGGCAUAUACUACCAUCCGCCGCCGUCCUGCCACUCUGUAGCGGAAAAUUGUAAAGAGGAUCGUGAGUGCAGGCUCAAAUUGGAAUACUACGAACAGGCCUGUGCCGUGGACAGUGUUACGAAGAAGUGCGCGGGGCGACCAAGCGGCUGUCGCACUGCAAUGAUUGGCAUACUCGGCACUAUGCUGCGCACCACCUGCGCUUGCCAAGGCGCAGACCCGCAGUAUCUCUACCAAUGUGUCGGCUGGCGGCGUCUGCUCUGGCUAAAUCCGUGUGUGGUUGAAGCUCAGAAGGAUUUUCACAUGAAGCGUCUCGCCGAGUUGGGUUAUCUAACGACUACAACUACUACGACUACAACAACCACGACAACAACAACACGUGCGCCACCGCCGCCACCACCGCCUCCGGUGUUGACUACGGUUACCACAACAACAACACAUCGCCAACCGCCCACUUCGCCGCGUCAAACGUCACGCAAGCAGACAACGCAAAUAUUUCGUGGAUAUCCGCCAAAGGAAAAAUCGGCACCCACAUCCAUGGAGGACAAUUAUAUCGAACAGCCCGAUUCGAUACCGUUGCACAGCGGAAAUGAUAAAAACGGAAACACCGGAAAUGGCGAUUAUCACAGCGGGAAGGGCAAAAGCAAUGGCAACGGCAACGGCAACGGCCACGGCGCCGCCAGUAAUGCUGGAAAUGGCAAUGGCAGUGGCCGAGGCAACGGUAAUGGUAAUGGUGGCAAUGGCAGCGCCACUAGUGCGGCCGUCAAUGCGCCACGUCACGGUAAAAACGGCAAAAAUAAAAAUGGUAAAAACUCAAAACACAACAAUAACGGCAACAAUGGCAACGGCAAUGGAAAUCGUAAUGCCAACAAUGUGGCUGGCGCUGGUGCUGGUGUCGUGUACAUCAACGGCCACGAUAGCAGCGGUCAUGCUGCAACUGCGGAAGCAACUGACGCGGACGCUGCACCGGGUAAUGGACAUGAUUUUGGCGAUUUCGAUGAUCAAGUGAUUUCUGUGGAGCAAAUUCAAACAACAGAGUAUGCGGGUAACGGUGCAACAGAACCGCCAGCCACAACGACCACAACACUGGCAACCACAACAACAACGCAAGCGCCAAGAAAUUGCGUGGUUCAACGUCCACAUCAGUCAGAUCAAUUAAUACGCGAAGGGUCUAGCAAGCGGAUCUACUCCUUGGACGACGCCGAAUGCAGUGAAUUGUGCAGCUGUGGCGAAUCUCUAACGCUCACCUGUCAUGCUCUCUGCGUACCGUUUGCGCCCUGUCGCACCGCCUUGGCCUUCUACAGCCAUGCAUCGCCGGCAUAUCAGGCAUUCCGCGGUCGUUGCCUUUGUUAUUCGGGCCGAUUUAUUUGCAUGAAGCCACCGCUGGGCGAAUACACGCUGCCAGGUGGUGUCUUCCUAUUGCUUGGGUACAGCUCAGCCGAUGAGGCACUUCUACGACCACAUACAAAUCUCGGUGUGCAAGAUGCUGUGAGAGCUUUACAACAAUAUGUUACGACACAUAUAGACAACCAGACUCAGUGUACACUAACGCUCUUUAAUAUGACCGAUGAGAACAUCAUAAUUGCCGCUCGCCUGCCACACGACGCCAAACUCAAAGCCAUUGAACUGCUGGGCAAAGAGAAGGAUGAAUGCACUUCGAUACUGAAGACCAUCAGCCACCACAUCAACACCGAGCACCACGAAUUGCAAUCCCACCGGCUGUUAAGCAUUUUCAAAAUGUCCGAAGUCGAAGUGGUUUGGCCCGAAAGCAGUCAAGCCGCCGCGCAACUGCACAGUGGCCCCGCUGCAUGCAUCCUGCCACUUACACUGUUGUUGUACACCGUUACAACAACGUUCGCGGGCGAUACCGUCAAUAUUUUGCUGUUGCUGUUGGCGAGAGGUGUGUGGCAUAGCGCUAGUAGGACAGCCGUAACAUGACCAAUGCCACCAACGUAAUCGCAAGUAAGCAAUGCACAUUUAGAAAUGCAACAGCAACAAAUUUAUAUACAGAUUACUAACUAAUUAAUAUUUGUACAUGCAUAAAUCGAAAAUAAGGGAAAUAAGAAGUACUCACUGUAGUCAUAAAACAUAAGUGAACCGGCUUAUUUAAAUAACGUGAAAGCAAAUGGUAUCAGUUUAUAAUUUAUAAUAAUUUUUAGUUUUGUUUCAAAAACCGUCAACAGACACGAAAAUAAACAAAAAUCUAUACACAUACAUAUUUAUAGUAAAUGGUUAUUUAUGUGGAAUGUAUAUACAUAGGUUUAUAUAUAUAUAUUGAAAAUAUGUAUUAAUUUAGUAGGUAUUUGUAUGUGCUCUUAAGUUAAAUGGCUAAUAAGCAUAUGCCUCCGUUAAGUUGAGAGUUUGGUAAACAAUUGUGUGUGUGACUGUUAAUUAAAUUAAUAAAAAAUUUCUUAAAAUAUGUAUAUAAAUAUGAUAUAUAUAUAUAUAUAUAUAAUGUGUGGAGUGCCGUACCUAUAUAUAUCAUUUAGGGAUAUCUGUUAAACUGAUAGCAACUAACGUUUGAUUUCAUGCUUGGUUAAGUUUGGUAGUUUGGACAAGUUUGCUACGAAUAAUGCAAAUGUUCGAACACAUAUACACAUAUAUAUUAGACAGAUUAGAUUACCAUAUGUUUAGAUGUGUGUAGGUAUAAUAUCUCAAACAAGUAGCAUUUUGGUUCAAUAUUUAUUUCAAAAACUAUCUGAGUUUCUAUAUUUAAGUUAUAACUGCUAUUCUCAAACUACUCUCGCUCAAAAAAUACUUGUGUAUAUAUGAAUACAUAUAUAUAUACAUGUAUAUAUAUAUAUAUGAAUACCUACUAGGGUGCGUUAAAAAAAUCAAUUAUUUCCACUUAUAAGUAUAAGCUCUUAAUAUAUGGUAAAUAGGCUGGUUCUUCGGUUUACGGUUUCCUAUUUUUUAUAUAUUAUAUACUAUUUUUUAAAAAGAUAUUGUCUGUCAUAGUUGGUGGAAAGGUGGAAUUCUGAACAAAAAUGGUAUCUUACAAUUUUUCUCGCCUCACCGAUCAAAAGUUAUUAAAGGUAAUAAUUUUAGGUGUUAUAAAUUUAUGAAAAACCGAAAUAUGUAUUAAAAUAAUUAAAAUUUAACUUUUUUAAUUGCGCACAGAUAUUAGAGACGAGAUUUUUUCUUAAAAUAGUACAUACUGAGAUAGGAAUUUUUCUUUCCAAUAAAAAGGCAAGGGUCGGAAACUGAAAAACCGAGGAUUUGCUUACUAAUAUUAAGAACUCAUACUUUGAGAAUUUUUUGUGAGGAGUCUACCAACUAAUUUCAGAGUUUAAAAUUAAAAAAAAAAUUAUCGAUUUUUUAACCCGCCCAAAUAUGUACAAACAUAGUAUAGUUUAGGUAUAUACAAGUACAUUUAUUUAUUUUUAAAAGAAAAGCAGCUCUACUAGUAUUUCACGUCCCCACGUUAGUUUAAUGGUGAUGACUCUUUAAAUUUUUUUUUUUAAAUAACUAAGCAUAUGCUGCAUUUAACCCGCCAUCCUUUGAAACUAAGCAAUAUUUCUCUUAUGGUAUUGCAUAUCAAUUUCGCAUAUCAAUUUUUGACUUUUGUCUCUUGAACUUUGAACGCUUUUCGAAAAUUUGUUAUAACCACAUAUUUCUAUAAUACUAAAAUUGUUCGAAGGAGAUACGUACAACUAUAAUUAAUAAUUUUUACCUUACGUUUAAUCAUAUAUAAAUAAAUAUAUAAAUAUUUAUGAUAUAAUAGUUAUAUAAAAGGUUACAAAUAUUUGUAUAUAAGUUCACACAUAUAAAUAUAAUGAAAAAGAUAAUGAAUUUUUAUACAAACUGCUGUCUAUAUAAUAAACUAUUGAAAAAAAUGAUAAUAAUACUCUUAAAGAAUCAACUAGCAUAAGCAGGCAUUUACGACAGACAAACUUAAAGAAUAUUCGAAGUUAAAAAGCUGUAAAAGUGUAAAAUAUAGAGUAGGCGAAAGCAAGAAUAAAAGUAAAAUAGCUAAGGAAAAAGAAAUAAUUAAUAAAAUAUAUAUAGUAUAUAAAUAUAUUUUUUUAUUUUUUGUUUUUUGAAAUACUUGCUUAUUUGAAAUUUAUGAGUUUAUUAUAUUGAGAAAUUUAAAGUGUGGGGAACAUGCAUAAAGUUUCUGCACUGAUUGCGUUAUUGGUGUAAACUUGAAUAUUGAAAUGUAUUAAAACUGUUCACUUAAUAUUUGCUGUACUUGAUUUUUAUUAUAUCAAAAUUUUUGAUUAGAUUUUUAUAAAUUUUCACGUAUAUCUUUACUUACCAAUGUUAUUUAUAAUUCAAUUAUUUUGAAUUAAGUCUUUAUUUAUCAGUUAUAGUUUUCUCGUUCUUUGACUUCAAACCGCCAACUUAUAUAUUUAAAUUAUAUUAAAUUUUUUAUGCAACCAAUGUUAAUGAUUUCAAAGUGCAGCAAGCGUUGAAAUACGACAGCUGUAACCGACACGUUGUGGCCAACAUCCAUCUGUGGUCAAUUUAAAGUGUGUCAAUAAAUUUCAAUAAUAAUUCGUUUGCCAUGAACAGUGGAGCGGAAAAAUAUGUUGACAGCGAUUGUUCUUUUGCGCAAAACGAGUUGUGCGAAAGAGCAGCAAAGAGAAAAAGUUUACUUUCAAAGUUGCUGAACAUUUUCAAAUAGAACCAAAAUUUAUACAUAUUGAAGUCAAAUAUAAACUUAGAAAUUUGGACUAAUGGGAAACAUUUUUUUUUUUGUUUAAAUUAUCUUUUUAUAUUAAUAAUAUUAUAUAUCUAAGUUACAAUAAAAAUAAAAUUUUAUUUAUAAAAAAUUCCGUAUUGUGUUUUCAACACACUGUGGCUUUUUCACAAUAAUAAUGAAUUUUAUUUCUCAUUCAAUUGCCUGCAUUAUCUACUUCGUUUGCUCAAUUAAAUUUUUCAAAUGAUUAAGUUACGGUUCAUCAAUAUGAGGUUUAAACUUUAAAGUAUUGUACAGUUGCAUAUUUAUAAAAUUAUGUGAAUUAGUUACAAGCAUGCUUUUAUAAAAUUUAUUAAAAGUUGUACACAAAAUUAUUGUAAUUACGUAAUUAAAUAUAUUGAUAAUAAAUAUAUUUAUAUAGUAGUAUAAAUUUACAUAUUCUUAUGUUGGUUUUUAUUACUUUAAAAUUUAAAACAUGUAACUCAUUUUUAAUUAUUAACGAUUAUAUAUUUACAACUCUCUUGUACCAACAUUUAUGCCUAAAGGCUUAUUGAAGUUUUUUUUUAUUUCAACAACUAUUUAUUCAACCAACCCAACCAAGGUUUUACAAGAAAAUACAAAUAUGUAAUAAAUAUUACGAAUAUUCGUAAAAUAAUGAUAAAAUUAAAAAAUUAAUAACAAAACAUAUCAAUUUGUACACCUAAAUAUUUACACGUUUACAGAAACACACACAAACAUAUUACUUGAUAUAUGAGCGUUUAAUUAUUAACCGUAAAAAACUUAACAAAGUAAUAUUGCUACACAUUAACUGUAUAUAUUAGUUAAAACAAAGCAGAAAAAACUAGUGAAACAAAUUAAAAAUUUAUUACUACAUUAUUGAGUUAAUGAGUUAGUCAAUAUUAACAAAUAAUAAAGUAUGCAAGGGAGGAGAUCUCAGUGGGCAGACAGCAAGGCCUGUCCUUAAUAUCAUGAUUUUGUAUAAUUUUUGCACAAUAUAUUAAAUAUUUUUUUAUAUAUUUUCCAAUGACUGCUUUUUAUAAAAAAAAUGUAUAUAGUAUGUGUAUAACGGAAAAUAUAAAAUAUUUAAUUAAAAUGGAUGAACACAUGUGCGUACAUAUCUAUUCAAAAACUUGUAUACAGUAACGGCAAAUUAAAAAAGCUAUGAACUCUACGUAUACCUAUAUAAUAGAUGCAAUACUAUGGCAAAAAAACUAUUAAAAUAUCAAGUGAGGAUUUUUUUUUUAAUUCGAUUAAUAAAAUAUUAUUUAGAUUUCUAUUAAAAAAAAACGCAUAUAAUUUAAUAUAUUUCAAGUAUAAUUAAAAAUAAUAAAACCAAUAAAUAUUUUCAUAAAAGACCAUGCCGAAAGUUAGCAGUAAAGAUUGACAACCACAAGUUUUUUUUUCGAACUUGAACAAUUCAUAUUGGAUUAGCUUUUAAAAGGUUUUUGCUAGAUCAGUAUUAUUUAUUGAUUAGGCUUAGGAAAUUUGUAGCUCCUUUUAAAGCAAUUAAAAUAUUUGUCUUAUUUUUUUAUUAAAUCUGAUUUUGCUAAACAAUACUUUUUUCAAUACUUAACUGAGAGCUUAAAUACAACUGCAUAUUAUAAUUGAUAUUUUUCCCAUUUUUUUUACUAUCGCUCUCUCUGGUUCACCCGAACCUAAGUUAAAUGCUCCAAUAUGUAGGCAACAAUUUCUAAGAAUAUUCCUGUGGGCGAGGAGACAGAGAAAGUGGUGAAAGUUUAUGCACAUAGGCUAAAUAAAGAAGUCUUUUUUUUUUGUCAGAGAAGAAAGUUCUCUUAUUCUGAAUAGUAUUUCCUUACUGACUAGGUUAGUUCAUAUUUUUGGUAAGAUUUUAAAAUACACAAAAUUUUGUGACCGUGGGCGUUUUUUGUUUUUUUAUUUUUUUUUUUUGAUAACAAACAGCAUAAAAAAUCAUAACUAUAAAUAACAAUAUUAAAGUAAAUACUCUUAAAUUAUAUAAAUAAUUAAUAAUAAUAAAACAAUAACUAAAGUUAAAUCAAAUUAUUUUUAAAAUAAUAAAAUUAAGUUAAAGUUAAAUAAACUUAAAAUUUUCUGUAAAAAAAUAAAAUAAAUGAAAUAUAAAAUUAACAAAAUAAAAUACAAUAAAAUUUAAUUAAAAUUAAAAAAAUUUAAUUUAAUUAAAUUAAAUCAACUAAUUUAAAAUAAAGUAAAGUAAAAUAUAAUGGAAUAUAAAAUAAAAUAAAAUAAAAUUUAAUAAAAUAAAAGAAUAUACAACAAAAUAAAGUAAAGUGAAAAAAAAAUUAAAUUUCAUACUGUAAAGUAAAGUAAAAAAAAAUAAAUAAAAGAAUAUAAAAUAAAAUAAAACAAAUAAAAUAAGAUAAAAUGAAAAAAAUAAGAUAAAAUAUAAUGAAAUAAAAAAUUAAAUUAAAUUAAAUUAAAUAAAGUUAAGUAAAAUAAAUAAAAGAAUAUAAAAUAAAAUAAUAUAAAAUAAAAUAAAAUCAGAUAAAAUAAAAAAAAAUAUAAUGAAAUAUAAAAUUAAAUUAAAUUAAAUUAAAUAAAAUUAAGUAAAAAAAAUAAAAGAAUAUAAAAUAAAAUAAAACAAAAUAAGUAAAUAAAAAUAAGAUAAAAUAAAAUAAAGUAAAAUAAAGUAAAGAAAUAAUAAAGUAAAGUAUAAAAAAUUUAAUUUAAUUAAAUCAAAUAAUUAGAACUAUAGUACUAAAAAUAAAAUUAAAACCUAUUAAUUGAAUAAAGGAAAAUUAGUUAAAAAAUCAAAAAAAAUAGAAGCAUUUUUCUUUGAACUUAAUUUAUCUCUGAAAUCCUCUAAAUUUAAAAUUCUGAAAAACAACAACCAAUGUGUAAAUAAUAAAUGAGCCAUAAAAGUAACAUGUAGGUAUCAAUAAAAAAUGUUCUGUAGUUAUCAGGUGUUAAAUAUUGUAAUCUGCUACUGAGCUAACAAAUCGAUAGAAAAACCUGCAAACAAGCAUACAUAGGUAUAUAUUAUCCAGUAUAACGCAAUAUAUUAAUACAACAAACAUGCACGCCUACCAACAUAAAUAAAAACGAGUAUGUUUCACUAGGUUAACAAAACGCAUACACAUGUACAUAUAACACACACACAAUAAAAACAAGUAAAAGGCAUACAGCCAUGUAAAUAAAAGCAUUUAACGUAAAUUGUACAGUUAAUACUUUAGUAUAACGAAUGCGAAUAAAUCUAUUUGCCGCAUGACCAUUUAUCGUAGAAUGACAGUAAACUUCCACACACACACACACACAUAUGAACGACCGAUUUUUGCAAAUGUAAUGGCAAUGAGCAAGUGCAAACGCCGUUAUUAUCGCUUUGGCGGAUAUGUAACCGGAAACGGAAACGAUUGUGGCGACACUGCCAUUGUAAUGCGAAUAUCAAUAGCGGAUGUAUUUGAACACAAAAUCGGACGCUUGCUAAGGCGCGUGCCUGUGUGUGUGUGUGUGUGUGUCUGCUGGUAUGGGUAUGCGUGAGUUAAAGGUGUAUGCAAACUGCAGCUUGCGCGUAAUUUCCAAUGCAAAUCGAACAAUAAUUGCGUAAUGAAUUGAAAAACGCAUGAGACAUGCUUCAAUAAACGAGAGAAAAUGCAAAGCGAUAAAAAAUAAUUAAAUGAAAGAAAAGCUAAAAAUGGUCACAAUCAUGAAAUUAAGUCUUCCUCAGCGCAAAAUCGUUUUCAUUGGCGAUAUCUUUGCGUUUGUCAUUAACUAUGUAACUAGUAAAUUGCUUAAUUUUAUUUAUAUGUAAUAAAUAUAUAUAUGUAUAAAUAUAUAUAUGUAUAAAUAUAUAAUUAUAUUUAAAAAAUCACAAACUUAUAGUUGAAAGAUAUGAAAAGCAAUUGCUUGAGCGCAAUUAUAUAGCAGUUCGUUGAUAUAAAAAUAUAUAUAGCAAAUGCUUAUGUAUAUUAUACAAAUCUUAAGGCAAAUAAACAUAUACAUACACACAUAUACAUAUGUAAAAAAGAGCCUGGAAACUAAAACUAAAACAUAGAUUAACCUAAAUUAACGCAGCAAAUGUUGCAAGUAGCGCGAAUGAUAAACUGUUUGGAUGUGCAAUACAUAUGUGUAGUUACACAUAUGCUACUAAAUAUAUAUACAUACAUGUUAAGGCUUAACACACCAAGCGCUAUAUACUAUAUGCAUAGAUACUUCUAAAACGCCGGAAACGUAAAAAUUACGCGCUUUACCAAAAAAAGAAAAUACAGUUAGUACUCGCAUCCUCUGCUACGGGCGCAUAAUAUACAGAAUAUAUAAACAUAUAGAAAAUCUCGCUUGCCAGCCAGAAAAUCACAAAAUUAUUGCAGCAACCUAAAAACCCAUGUAAAUACAUAUACAUAUAUUUGAAGCAAAAUUGCUUAUUGGGCCGUUAAUAAAAAAGAAAGAAAAAAGUGAAAUAAAAUAGUAAUAAAAAAAGCAAUUGAAAACGUUACAGUAGAAAUAUUAGACGAAUUUAAUAUGAUGUGGUAAAUGAAAUGGAAUUUGUUAGCGCUAGUGUGAGCAAAAGCAAACUACUCAAUAUCCAAUAGCAAUUAUUUAUAUAAUUAUAUCUAUAAACGGUUUAUUCGAUAUUAAAGUAAAGGUAAAAAAAAAACUCAAAAAUAUAUACAUAACAUAUACAUCUAUAUAGUUACAUACAACAGCUCAACCAAAUAACAAGCGUUUAAACAAACGGAAACUAGAUACUAAAAUAUUAUGAGUUACAAACACAAACACAAAAGCUGGAUGAUAGCAAAUAAUAAAUAAAAAUAUUUAAAUUGCAUACUGAUAAAUCAAAUACGUUAUGCACCUAUACAAAUGCAGACGCACACCAACCCAAAUAUACACAGCCAAACACAUUGCAUAGUCACACACAUACACACUCGUCAAAAUUUCAAAAUAAAAUUAAAACUUAAUUCAAUUUAUGAAACGCCAGCAUUGUUUAUAUACUUGAGUGAGCUGUAUAUUAUUUAUAAAAAACAUAAUUUUGUUGUUGUUUUAUUUAAUAUAAAAACUGAUUUAGCAGUUGUGAAUUUGCCAAAAUAAUUCUCGAUUAACCUUGACGACUUUUAAAGCCAAAUAUUAUCUGAUUAUUCGGAUUUAUCUUCUCAGAGUCGGUUCGAGUCACUUUAGAAAAAUGUAAACCUUCAAGAGAGUGAGAAAACGUAAUUAUAACAAAUAAAAUAGUUUUUAAAGUUCGCUUGGUAUGGAUACGAAAGCUUUUGAAUUUGAGAACUUUCACGAAGCUUACAAUAAACCUCAAGUGAGAAUACAUUAAGAUAGCAUUUGGAAGAAAAAGUGAAUAAGCGUAAUAAAUAGCAAAUAACAUUGAUUUUAAAAGCUUAACGAGCUCACCUACUAUAGAAUUCAAAGCUUUUGAAUUCGAAAGCUGUUAUGAGACUUUCAUCAUAUAUCAGAGUUUAAAAAACUCACUUAGCUUUGAGAUAAAAGUUUUUGAAUUCAAAAGCUUGCAUGAAGCUUUCAUCAAAUCUGCCAUUUAGAAAAAAAAAACACUAGUGAGAAAGCGUAAUUUUAACAAAUAACAUUGUUUUUUACAGUUUAAAAAGCUGAAAGUAAAUUCGAAUUCAAAAGCUUUCAUGAAACUUUCAUCAUAUUGCAUAUUAGAACGCCUUAAAAAAGCACUUAGAAAAAAGCGUAAUUAUUUUGCUAUAAUUAUACAUUGAUUUUAAAAGCUUAAAGAGCUCGCUUGGUAUAGAAAUAAAAUCUUCGAUUUCGAAUUCGAAACCUUUCAUAAAACUUUAACCAAAUUUAAAAGCUUAAGAAGCUCACUAAGAUAUAGAUAAAAGCUCUUGAAUUCGAGAGCCUUCAUGAAACUUUCAUCAUAUCUCAAAUGAGAAUGUAUCUAUAUGUAAUGCUAUCUUACAUUUAAAAAAAAACACAAAUGUGAGAAGGCUUAAUUACAACAAAUAACAUUGAUUUUUAAAGCUUAAUAAGCUAAGAGCAGGUCGAAUACAAAAUCGUCAUGCAGAGUUUUAUUCAAACCUUCAUGAAAUCAAAUCUUAAAGGAGAAUGAAUUAAGAAAGCGUUUAGAUGAAAAAGAAAUUUCGACGAAUACUGUGGUGUACGUCAACAGUUACACCACUGAUAACUACUGGGCCUUUUGAAAUUUUAGAUAAGUAUUUCUUGAAUAUUGAAAAACCCAAAUUAUGCUAUUGGGAUUAAAUUGUCGAACAAUAUAUAUUGCACAGAUAAGAACCAGGACUCAAUGUACAUAUUUUAAUAUUUUAACUAUCCGAAAUAACAGAAAAUUCCAAUCUCUGAAGACUUACUACAAAUCCAGUUAUUCGAACAACUGAAUAAUUUAUAAUUUUUGGCUAUCUAGAUAAAAGGAAUAAACGAAAUAAAACAUAUGGUAAUACAAUAACAAGAUCACAAUAACGCCAGUAUGUAACGAUAUAAAUACUUUAAAAAUAUUUUCGAGGUUUUAACAAAUGUUUAGUAUAAUGUUCUUAUGCUUUAAAAGGAUAAUUUGUAAAACGAACUAUCCAGCUUAAUUUUGUAAAAUAGUGGUGAAAAAUAUCAGAAAAUAGCAAUUCGGAUAAAAUUUUAACAGAUCUCGUAAAACGAUGGACUUUUUAGUAAAAUAAAAGUAAAAUUUUUCAUCACUUAAGUUAAAAAAAUUGCAUACCAAUAUUUUUUCUCAAUAACUUUUUGUUUUUAUAAAAUAUAUCAAAACGUGCUAGGAAGUAUAGUAUAGAGUUUGCUCUCUAAAUCAUGAAAUAUUUAAAUAAAUACAUAUCUCACACAUACACGAAGAUAAAUACACCACAAACAACCACCACACAUACACAUACACACUUAUGAUACUAACCAAAAAAAAAAA